AAGUCGUUGCCAGUGUCAGUGUCGCAGCAUGGCCGGGGGCUCGGUGUCUGAGUGCAAGGAGUACUUGUUCAAAGUGCUCGUGAUCGGGGAGCUGGGCGUCGGGAAGACCAGCAUCAUCAAGCGCUACGUGCACCAGCUUUUCUCGCAGCACUACAGGGCGACGAUCGGGGUCGACUUUGCACUCAAGGUGAUCAACUGGGACAGCAAAACGCUGGUCCGGCUACAGCUGUGGGACAUCGCAGGUCAGGAACGAUUUGGGAACAUGACGCGGGUGUACUACAAAGAGGCCGUGGGGGCAUUCGUGGUGUUCGAUGUGACAAGGGGCUCCACAUUUGAAGCUGUGUCUAAGUGGAAGCAUGACCUGGACAGCAAGGUGAAGCUGGCUAAUGGCAACCCCAUUCCCUCAGUGCUGCUCGCCAAUAAAUGUGACCAGAAGAAAGAGAGCUCCAACAACACGGCCCUAAUGGACAAUUUCUGCAAAGAGACUGGCUUUCUGGGUUGGUUUGAAACAUCAGCUAAGGACAACAUCAACGUGGACGAGGCAGCACGUUUCCUGGUAGAGAAUAUCUUAGCCAACGACAAAGGUUUGCCAUACGAGGAGACCAACGGAGACCGGAUCAAACUGGACCAGGAGACUGUGGCUGCUGAGAGCAAGUCAGGCUGCUGCUAACACUCAAUCCAUUCACAUUAGCCAUCCGCCUGCCUUUUGCCAGGGUCCAAUGCCUGCGCCCGGGCUGUGGCUCUCAGCCCUCCUCUGCAGCCUCUCAGAGGAAUAUGAAUUUUUGGGUCUUCAAAGCUCCAGGAACUUCUCCUCCUUGCACUGCUGCCCAUUUUACCUGCACAUUCAAGUUUCUCACUGUAGCUAUUGUUAGGCCAGAACAGAAGCCCAAUUUUAUCUCGAUGUUGUCGCAAAUGUUGUCAUUGCCUCUACGAUGCUGUUUCCGUUUUUGUCCCACAACUCCAAACAACUGGAUCUUUAUUAGUGUGUUUGUGACUGUGUAUUCCACCACCAGCUAUGAACCCCACCCACCCCUCCACACUUGAACCCUGCUACUACUCCUGUUGCCCUGACAGCCUUCGGAAGCCCUGGACUGUACCACACCUGAGAGAAGGUGAAAACUAAGCAGAACACUGAGAAACUCAAGAUACAAAACAACCUGUAGCCUCUUAAUUUCUGUAACUUUGGUCUAUUGUCUCUCAGUAUCCUUGUCGUUCAACCUUUGUCUGUGAAACAAGACACUUUAUUCUUUCAGUCUGGGGUUUUUCUUUAGUUAACAUGGACUUUACUGCCACUUAAACAUUCCUCUUACAGCAUACUCAUGUUUGUGUGUUGAGCUCAUAUAAGCAUCUCAGUUAAGCAUUAUCAAAGUGUUACCAUAUCUCAUAUUGCUGUCGUGAAUUGUUGUCUUUAUGCCAUAUUUUCUCUGAAAUAAUGUGCCAUAAUGCAUUUUUUUUAUAUUUUAAUAGGAUUGUGGGUCAUACUUUCCAUUGCUCACUCAAACCUUUUACAAGGACAAUGACAGACUAUACAGUAUUUCAGGAAAAAAAACUAAUAGUUGUAAUAUACGUGACAUCUUUUUUUUGAUUGUCUUUCCACCAGUAUGAAAAUGUAGAUCUGAUUUACAGUAUGUAUUUUUUAAAAUGUGUUGGGUCAAGCAUUAUACAGCUGGUGAGAUAAAAACAGAAUCAUACAGAGGACUACACUCUCUUGUACAUAGGGAUGGUAAUCUGUUUUAAGUGUCCAGAUGAAAUAUUAAGUAUUUUUUUUAACAUGGAGAUGAGAUUAAGUUUACAUGUGAAAAUACUUAAAUCUACAAGACCAAAACAGAAUAAACAUUUUAACAGAGUUGUAUUGUGUGCUAGCAGUCUGAUCACAUGUAUUUAUCGAACUGAUUAAAUGUGUUAAUCUAA